CUUUGUUGUAUUAAUUUGACGCUCGUGGCCGGGAGGUGGGGGAGAGAGAAAGAGAGCGCCUGCGAGAAGGAGAUGCAGGACGAGUAUCUCGUCGGAGGGAUUGUUGGCGCGAUCUUGGGGCUUCUCCUCCUCGUUGGAAUCCGGGGGAGACGGCGGAGGGGUGACGGGAAUCUGGCCGGGGCGGCGGCCGCCGGCGGGAAGGUGGAAUGCGGUUCGGAAUCCGCCGGGAACGGCGGUGCCGACGUUAUCGUCGUUGGGGCUGGCGUAGCCGGAUCCGCCCUAGCCUUUACGCUCGGAAAGGAUGCACGCCGCGUACAUGUAAUUGAGAGAGAUCUGACAGAGCCUGAUCGAAUUGUUGGUGAAUUGUUACAACCUGGGGGCUACCUGAAAUUGAUUGAGUUGGGCCUUGAGGACUGUGUGAAAGAAAUUGAUGCUCAGCGGGUCCUUGGCUAUGCUCUUUAUAAAGAUGGAAAGAAUACCAGACUCCCUUACCCUUUGGAGAAAUUCCAUUCUGAUGUUGCUGGAAGGAGCUUCCACAAUGGCCGGUUCAUACAGCGGAUGCGAGAGAAAGCUGCAUCUUUGCCCAAUGUUCAGUUAGAGCAGGGAACUGUGACAUCUUUGCUUGAAGAAAAUGGGAUGGUAAAGGGGGUGUCAUACAAGACUAAGUCCGGUGAAGAGUUAAAAGCUUAUGCACCUCUAACAAUUGUGUGCGAUGGUUGCUUUUCCAAUCUGCGACGCUCUCUCUGCUCACCGAAGGUGGAGGUGCCCUCCUGUUUUGUUGGUUUAGUCCUGGAGAACUGUCAGCUUCCACAUCCAAACCAUGGGCAUGUUAUUUUAGCAGAUCCUUCACCCAUCCUUUUUUAUCCUAUAAGUAGCACUGAGGUCCGCUGUUUGGUUGAUGUGCCUGGGCAGAAGGUGCCUUCCAUAGCUAAUGGGGAAAUGACAAAUUAUCUGAAAACUGUGGUGGCACCUCAGCUUCCAGUUGAACUUCAUGAUGCUUUUAUAUCGGCCAUCGAUAAAGGAAGUAUAAGAACUAUGCCAAAUAGGAGCAUGCCAGCUGCACCUCUUCCUACCCCUGGAGCUCUUUUAAUGGGGGAUGCAUUCAAUAUGCGCCAUCCUUUAACUGGUGGAGGAAUGACCGUGGCCUUGUCUGAUAUUGUUGUGCUCCGUAACCUUCUCAAGCCUCUGCGCAAUCUGCAUGAUGCGACUUCUUUGUGCAAAUACCUGGAAUCUUUCUACACCUUACGUAAGCCAGUUGCUUCUACAAUAAACACUUUGGCAGGUGCUCUGUACAAGGUCUUCAGUGCCUCCCCUGAUCAGGCUAGGAAUGAGAUGCGCCAAGCCUGUUUUGAUUAUCUAAGCCUUGGAGGUGUGUGUACAAAUGGACCCAUUGCUUUACUCUCUGGUCUUAAUCCCCGCCCGCUGAGCUUGGUCGCCCACUUUUUUGCUGUUGCUAUAUAUGGUGUUGGCCGUUUGUUGUUGCCAUUUCCUUCACCCAAACGAUUAUGGGUUGGAGCCAGAUUGAUCUCAGGUGCAUCAGGUAUCAUUUUUCCUAUUAUAAGAGCAGAAGGGGUUAGGCAAAUGUUCUUCCCUGCAAUGGUUCCUGCAUACUACAGAGCUCCUCCUAUGAAAUGAAAUUCUGAAAAAUAUCCAUAACCAUGGUUGUACUCAUGAUGGGGGUGGUAUAUUUCAUCUGUUCUAUUGACAGGACGUGUUUUGUCAGCUUGUCUUUUCUGAGGAUAGAUCUGGGAUUUGCAAGUUUAAUAAUUUUGAGAGUGCUUGGACUGCAACGACUGUUCUGUUCUACAUCGUUUUAAUACCGUAAAAUUCACAGAACUGUUACAUAAUCCUGGUUAAAGUUUCUAAGUUUUGUCAACAGUACUUGUCUGCUGCUGUGUUGCCUAUUUGUAUUAACUCCAAACAUCUCUGUACUUGAAGCACUAAUUCAAUUCUGUCACUCAGUGAAUUCAAAUUUCUUAUUUGCUUUUUUCU